UCGAGAAUGAAUGUGGUGUUUCCCAACGUUGGUGGUUCCCGCGGGAAGAGCAACCGAUCCAAAUUUGCUAAAAAGAUGUUAGGUUUGAAUUUGAAUGGAGAGAUAUGUGUGAGACGAAUGACGAUGAACCCUACGCUUUUAUGGUAAAUCUUUCUCGCAUAUCUUCCUCACAGGAGGAACACUUGAACCGAAACAUUUUCGUCGGAGACACUCAUAACGAUAACGCAGCAUCGCCGAUAUACGGCGAUUUUCCGGUGUCUUCCGCCGGCAUUGUCAUGGUGUCUCUGCCGGAGUCCCAGGAGGAGGGUGCCCCCCAAGACGUUUUUCACACGCCGCCUGAGGAAUCCUCGCUGCCAACUUCCGACGAUCAGCGAAGGACGGUGACCGUUGAUGUUGAUCGUUGCGCGAUUAAUCAGGUCGUUGAUGUUGAUUGUGGGACCCAGGGAUUUGUCGAUUUGUGUGGGUAUUCCGAUGGAACAGAUUUCGUCGAUUUAGGAAGGGAUUCGGAAUUAGGGUUUUCGGAUGUUCCGUUGACGCAGGAAAUUGAUGGCGGUUUGGUCGCUGAGUGCUCGCACGGUGUCGAAGGAGAUCGUCUGGGCGAGAUUCCCGAGUGCCAAUUCGAUGAAUUUGGGGUUUUGCAAAGGGAAUUGUCUGAUUUAGGUGAGUUGCCGGUGAAAAAAUUGAAACUUUCCGAUAAGAAUUUAGGGUUUGAUUCUUCAAGGGAUUGUUUCGGAAUUCAAUUGCAGAAAGUCGAAGAGGGUGUGGGGGAUUGCAAGGGGAAACUGGUUUCUGAAGCUGACACAGAAAGUCCCUGCAAUUUUGGGGAAGAUCAUCAACCUCAAGAAAAUGUUCUUGAUGGUGAACAAAUACCCGUUGACGCUGGGAAAGAGGACAAUUGUUGCAGAGAAAUUUCAAUGGACAAAAACUUGGGCUGUGGGGAAAAUUUUGAAACCCAAGUAGUUCAAUUGGAGUCUAAAACAAAUGUUGGGGAUGUUGAGUUUUGUGAAGGUGACAAAUUGCCAUGCACAGUGGAGGGGAACAAGUCUAGUGAUGGGGUUAUAGUCAUAGAAGCUUCUAGAAGGCAAGAGAGUAGUGAUGAGGAACCAGGACUGCGUGUGCUGCCAAUCUCAAUUCGUGAUGGUUUGGAGAAUGCAGCAAAUGAAUUGGAAUCUGGGAAAGUUCGUGAGAAAAAGAAGUGUCCUGUUUUUUUUGUAUUGAAAGUUCUCUCAGAAAACAAUCGCCAAGUUGAAGAUUAUGUUGAUAAUGUUAGUUUGUUGGAAGCUGCAAAGCUUCGUGGUAUUACUUUUCCUCGUCCAAGGUGGUGGCCGGACAAGGAUGACUUCAACACACAGUGAAUAGUAUAAAGAAACUCUCUGUAAAAAUUGAUAUUAUUCAUAUUGUGCUACUAAUCCCCGAGUGGAGGAAAUGAAGUUCAAUCCUUAGUGGAUUUUUGUUUGUUUUGAGUACACUGACUAUUGUUGUUAGCAUAUGGUUCUUUCAAGGACUUCAAAUUGUCUUUGCUGUCUACUUUGUUUAACGGAUGAUAGUAUGGUGAAAAGCUUCAAUAUGGAUAGUUUCCCACGCCUGCUGUCCAAGUAAUUAAUCGGUCAGUAUAACUAUAAAGCAUAAUGCUCCGAAUGUAUAGAAGG